AGAAAAUGUAUCUUUAUUCUCCUCAUUUAUCUCCACCUCCACCUAUGAGACAGUGGAGGAGGAGGAGGAGGAGGAGGAGGAGGAGGAGGAGGAACUGUACAUCCCAGAGGAGGAGGAAGGAGGAGGAGGACAGGAGGAACUAUACCAAGAGGAAAACCCUUUUAAUUUUGACUUACAAGGCGCGAAAUUUGUGUUAAACAGUUCUGAGUUGCAAAUCGGACCGAAAUUCGUUUACAAUACCACGUCCCAGGGAUCUACAGGGUUCGGCGCCCCCCUGAACCACCCCCAGGACUCCCCACACUUCCCACAAGCCCCAGGGGUCCACGUGUCCCACUCAGAGCCAGAUAUUGCGAAGGAAAGAGCCGCAGAUGAUGUGACAAGACUGGUGAACACAGAUCGGAGCGCUCAUUCUCUCCACAUAAGCAUCCACACGCCUCCAGUCCACCCAGUACCCACAUAUGACCCCGCACAGGCUCCCCACACCCAUACAUUCCCACACGCACACGCACACGCGCACGCACAUUCAAAUAUUCACAGUUCCCUUCAUCAGACUCAAUCAGCUCCCGGUCUCUCGCCUACACCCCUAAUCCCUCCCCUCCCACGCCCCGGUUCCCGCUCCGCCAUGCCUCCAGUAACGCCCACGCCUGCCCAGACGCCCACCCGCUCCAUCACUAAUCUUGGAAUGCCGCCCACGCCCACUGCCACGCCCACAGGAACCAUUAACAUCAGUGAGGGUGGAAAUAUGGUGAUGGGAACUCAGAUUGUGAUUCACUCGGCGUGUGCGAAGCACAGCGAUACCACCACCACUGACACCACCACCACCACCACCUCUAGCCAGGAGCCUACCACCACCAUCACCACCCUGUCCACCCUCCUAGCGGAAGUGAGAGAGAAGCUGUCCACUGUUUACAUCCGUCAGACCAAGACCUCGUUUCUCCCCUGGCUAAAAGGACAUCAGGUUAUCCCCAUGACUGAGUUCUACACGUCCUCUCGGAUCAUUGCGGUGGAUAAACAGGGGCGUCAGACAAGCAGGAGUGUUGAUCUGAUGGAUAAGUUAGUGAAUGAAGAGGAGACGCGGUACCUGGUGGAGGGGGAGCCUGGCAUGGGGAAGACGCUGCUGGCACUGAAGCUGGCCAUCGACUGGGCAAACAAGACCAGCCUACAGGAAUUUAAGUUUGUGUUCCUCAUCUUCUUAAGGAUUUUAAGGGAAGUCUGGAGCAAUACGUCAGGGAGGAACUGCUGCCGUCACACUUCCAGGAAAAGUUCCGGCAGGUUUGGGACUACUGCAAAGAAAACGAGGGAGAGGUGCUGUUUAUCCUUGAUGGCUAUGACGAACUGCAGAAGGAGGACGAGGGAGACAUACGGAAGCUUCUACAUAAACAUCAGGACUUCCAGAACAGCAAGGUGGUGGUGACUGCUCGACCGGAUGUGCUGAAGACCAUAGCCGAACGUACCGUUGUUAAGGGGUUCAACGAGGCACAGAUGGUUGAGUUCAUCACCAAAUAUUUCCACUUGGUUAACGAGGACGAGAAUGGAAGGUGCUUGAAGAAGAUAAUGGAGAAGGACGGGAAAUAUAGACAGUUAGCGGAAAGGCCAUUGUUUUGUGUCCUCCUUUGCAUGCUGUAUGGGUCUGUCGGUGCGAGCAAGCUGCCAGACAGACUGAGUGACAUGAUGUUCAAGAUUAUGCUGUGCCUCAUCAAGUGGAAUAUUAAAAAAGUGGAUUUGCGAGUGGAAGAAAGCAUGGAGGCCUUCCCGACAGAAUACGAACGUGUGUUUCUGAAUUUUGGCAAGCUGUGUUUGGACGCGCUGCAGACGGAGAAGACACGGUUCAGCGAGAAGGAGAUUAAGGAGGUCGAGAACUUUGACCUCCUCCUCCAUCUGGGCUUCCUCUCAAACGACAGCGAGAAUAACGUACUGGGCCACAAGAAAUUUUGGAAACCAGUGCACAAAAUAUUCCUGGAGUACCUGGCGGGGCUGUACAUUGCUCACCACAUACAUUCGCACCACCGAGGGCCUUGUCGACAGUGCAGGGAGUUCUCUACAGUCUACCGGCACGAACAUGUGUUGAAAUUUGUAGUUGGGAUCCUGGGAAAGAACGCUCACUUGGCUCUGGACUACCGGAGGCUACAGGCGCCCCUACAGAUGCGAGACCAGCAGUUGUUGAUGCUUCUGAGGGAAACUGAAGCGACGAGGGACAAUUGCAGUGCCAUCGCCAAACUCCUAGACCGCAGGAACGCCAUUGUGUACACUAGUGACGUGGACUUCGAGGGAUGGCGGUACAUACUGGCCCAGAAUUUCAAGCAACUCAAAUCCCUGGAGAUCGUAUGGCGGAUUAAGAGCAGCAAUCCAGAUCAGGAAAGUUCGUUCAAUGAGGCGAGUCCGGAUCUGUACAGGGACUUCUUUAACGCCCUCCGGUCCAACAGCAGCAUCACCAGACUCAGUAUUCGGGCCAUGCAAGACGGGGAACCUUUCUCUGACGCCAAAAUAGAACUCUUCUUCUCCCACCUACAGAGAGUCUUAAAUAAGGAGAAUCUAAAGGAACUGGAGAUUAAAGAACUUAACAUGAUGGCCUCUGAGCCUCUCCGACGGGCGCUAGAAGGGGCCACCUGCAAUAUGGAUAGGAAGGCGCUGGAGUCCCUGGAACGCCUGCACCUCGACAUGUACCUGAGAGACGAGGACUUGGAGGUGAUCUGCGACCGUCUUAAGAGAUGUGCCGGCAACCUGAGAGAGCUUCAGCUGAGGGGGCUGGAACACGGCCACGCGGGCUUCAGUAGUCUGGUGGAACUGUUAAAGAAGAAUAAAAAUCUCCAUACCCUCUGUUUAUCCAUGAACAAAGAGAAGCUGAUGUACGGAUCUGGCGGUUUCAUGACGCCCUCAGACCUCCACGCUGAGCAGGUACACAUGCCACGCCACGCCCACCGUAAGAGCAAGGACGCAUUCAGGCAGCAGCAACAACAACAACCACAAGAGCAGGAGCAGCGGCCAUCUUGUCCCCCCGCCCCUCUACAGUACCCAACUCGUGAGCUUAGUUACCUGUUCAACGACCCACUCCACACAGGCGCCAAACACUCAGUGGAGGCGCGCUGCUAUUACUUCAUUUGUGGCGGUGGUGAGAGCCGGCUGCCACUCCCACUUUGCAUCAGCAGUCAACACAAGUCAGUCUUCCACAUGUUGUUUACGGCAGUCGCGGAAAGCUCCCUUCAUAACCUGACCUUGGUGGACCCCUACUUGUACCUAACUACCGCUGACCUGGUGUGUCUAGGUGAUGCCAUCAGACGCACGAAGCACCUCUCCAUGCUCAAACUGUCCGGCCUAACGGCGGUGCACUACAUGCCUAUCCUGCUCGGCCUGGGUCAGUCACAAAGCUUGAAAACAGUGAGGUUAGACUCUUCCUGUGUCACUCUCACAGACAGGGCAUUCCAACUUGCCUGUACCGCCCUCAGGCACAACACAGCCCUGCGCUCCCUCUCCCUUGCACAUUGGGAGUUUUGCCUGCAGGACAAAGGGACAGCAAAACAAUACCUGAAGGAUCUUUUGACCUCCUGGCGUGUCGAGGACCUUAACCUCAGCAACUGCACAAUAGACGUAAGUGGGGGGCUGUCCUCCUCCCCACCGCUGCUGCCCCCCAUCCUGCCCCCCAUCCACGCCCCCCCGCAGCACUGGUCGGCCAUCAAGACACUGAGGUUGUCUGAAGUAAAGGUGAAAGAUUCUAUGGGAUUCCUUCAAAGGGGACACCUGCUUCUGCCUAUCCUUCGCUGCUGCCCCAACCUCACAUCCUUGGACCUGUCAGCCGGCUACGCCCUUCGCACCUCCCUUGACGACACGGCCACCAUCACCUUCUUCGAACUCCUGCAGGCGAACUUCAAAAGACUACGUGAACUGACUCUGGGGAGCUGGGAAUUCAAAUUUAGCGAGUAUGAAAAGACCUGUGCUCGUGUUGGCCAGAUUGUGCGCUCCUGCCACGACCUGCGGGUUCUGACGAUGGAUAGAGUGAUAGAAGAACGUUCAGGCUUAGCUAUUUCACUCCCAUGCACGUACACCUUCCUGCAUCAGCUUGUCAAUAACUUACCGAGACUCUGCGAACUGUCCCUGUGUUAUUACAAGAUCGACGGGUUGGAGUUGGAUGUAGAAGCUGCCUCAAGACUCGCCUCCUGCCUUCACGACCACUGGACUUCAUCAGCGAGGUUCAAGCUUAAGGUAUUCGGUCUCUCAGCGCGUGUGGAGGCAGCUAUUCAAGAGGCACUGGGCAGAGAAGGGGUGACUGUAAAGGUAAGCGAGGAGUACCCAAGGGUCUUCAGUGUGCGCCGCGGGUAUUUCUUGCUUAGCUGAAAGUUCCGGGCGGCGGUGUCCUAUUCUGCUCACUAGGGAAAAGGGAUUGUAGGAUGUAAAAGGACUGUAGGAUGCUUGUUAAGGAUGUAUCUGAAGGAAAUGAUUGGUUUUGUGUGUUUUUUUUUAAUGGAAGAGGGAAAAUAAACAAAAUAUUGCUUGGUUUUGAAAUACAUGAAGGAAAACAGUUGUAGGAUCGGGUAAGACUGUAGGAUGCUUGUUAAAGGUGUGUCUGAAGGAAAGAAUUGUUGUUUUUGUGUAUUGUUAAGACAGAAAAUGGGAAGAAAAACAGACAGUUGUAGAGAAUCUUUGAAAAUGUUUAAAUGUUGCUUGUUAUGGAGGUUAUGAAGGAAAAAAUGAUUGUAGGAUGCGUUUAAGGUAAAGAAUCAUUGUUUUUUAAUUGUUAAGACAGAAAAGGGGAGAAAAAAGCAAAUUUGACAGAGGAGAAUGGUUGAAUAAUGUUUGUUUUGAGAGUUAUGAAGGGAAAAAGAGUGUAGGGCGCAUUUAAAGGAAAAAAAAACAUUGUCUUUGUGUUUGCAAGAUAGAAAAAGAAGAAAAAAAACAUUUGAUAGAAGGGAAUGAUUAAAUAUUGCCUGUUUUGAAGAAUAUGAAGGAAAAAAAGACGGAUGUUUUUAAAGGAAAUAAUUGUUUUUGUGUUAAGACAGAAAAGAGAA